AUGGCCUCCGAUUCCAAACAAAGUAAGUAUUUAACAGUUUAUAUACAUUAUAAUGGUUUAUUCGCACGAAAACCAUUAGUGUACUUGAACGCUGUUGUUGUUUCAAUCCGUGAUGUCGAUUUUGGUGCAAUGGAUUUCAAAGACUUUAACUUGUUCAUUGCAAAGUUGAUUGAAGGCAGUUGUGAUAAUGUAUAUUAUUGCACUAGAAAUGAACCAUUGGCUGAGGGUAUUAGGAGAAUUAGGAAUGAUGCUGACUACUUUGAGUUUAUUGAAACGGGUUAUAGUGAUGAAGCCGGUCUAAGAAUGAAUGUGUAUAUAGACCACGAAAAUGAACCUGUACUUGAUUGGGCUGAUAUGGAAGUAAUGGAAGAUGAUGAAGGGCAUUAUUCUGAGGAAGACCUGGAUGAUGAUAUAGAUUCACAACUUUCUGAUGAUGUUCCAUAUGAGCAUGAAGCAGAUGAUUACAUUCCUUCUCUUGACAAGACUAUUGGUGAUGAAUUCUUACAUCGGGUGUCAGGUAUGUGUAAGGAUAUAGAUGAUGAGGCUGAAACUGAUGAGGUUGAAACCAAGAAUGGAGAUGACAAACCAGUGUACCCUAUCCAUAAUGAGAACCAGAAAUGGGACAAAAUGGUGCCAAUUCUAGGUAUGAGAUUCUCUAACCCCAUGGAAUUGAAAAAUUGUUUGACUAACUAUGCAGUGAAGAAUGGGUACAACCUUUAUUUUGAGAAAAAUGAUAGUCAGAGGUUAUUAGUGAGAUGUUGUAAAGAGAACAAGAACCCCUCUUGUCCUUUUAGACUGUGGGCUUCCUGGAUGAGCAGUGAAAGGUCUUUCCAAAUUAAGUCAUUAGUUGAUGAACAUAACUGUUCAAGAGUCUUCAAACUUGGUUCCAUUGUAACAUAUAAAUGGAUUGGAAUGCAUUUUAAGAAUCAACUUGUGAAGAACCCUAAAAUGAGCAUAAGGAAAAUGAAGGCCAAAGUGAGUACAAAGUUUAACUUGAUUGUUAGUGUCACUCAAUGUAGAAAUGCUAAGAGAUAUGCUUUGGAUGAGAUAGAGGGUAGUUUGAUGGAACAUUAUGGUAAAGUAUGGAGUUAUGGAGAAGAAAUAAUGAGGACAAAUCCUGGUUCAACAGUAAAGAUAGAUGUGAAUGUCAUGCCUGAUUCCACAACCUACUUUUCUAAAAUGUAUGUUUGUUUUAAGGGUGUGAAGGAUGGUUGGAUUGCAGCAUGUAGGAGGGUAAUAGGGGUAGAUGGUUGUUUUUUAAAGGGUAUAUGUAGAGGCCAACUGUUAGCAGCUAUGGGUAGGGAUGCAAACAACCACAUCUUCCCUAUUGCAUGGGCUGUGGUGGAAGUUGAAAAUAAGGAAACAUGGAAGUGUUGA